AUGUCAGAGAAACACGAAAAUGCCGCUCCACCACCAUACUCACCCCACGCAUCCUCUCCAUCACCCUCAAUCCUCGACCAACUAAACACCACACGCACCCAACAAAUUGAGUCCGUAAUCGACACUCACAUCCUCCCCCUCAUCCACCAACGCAUCACCUACGCCAUGGCAACCACAACCCUCGCCCUCCUCCCUUCAGACACAUUCCUUGUGCCCACAAAAUCAGACAACUCCUCCAGUUUCUUCCAAGAAGACUCCUCAUCUUCCUCAUCUCCAUCAGUCCAAGUCCUCGGCUUCGCCUCUGACACCUCUCCCCCGCACCUCAUCCACCUAUCCGGUCCCAUAAACAGCACAGAAUUCUGGAAACUACCACUCGUCCUGCACGAACUCGAAUCGAUCCUAACUUCACGGUUAAAUCCACAUUCCACUUCUCCCAAAGAUCCGCCUAGCUACCGAGAUACUACUACUACUACUACUUUUUCUCCUAAUACUACUGGUGGUGCAGGUGCGCAAACUCCACCACCACCGCGGUUUUCCCGCCGCAAUCUCCUAGCGAGGGUAAUGCCGUCGUUGGGCCCAGAACAGGCGUCGCCGGGGAAUAACCCAGAGGUUGGCGUGAGACACGUUGAUAAUGCUACUUCGGGAACGAACAUGGUUAUGGUGAAAGCGAGGCUCGAGGAUAUUUGUCUAAGGACAGUGAGCGACUUUGGGUUAUACGAUACGAUAUCCAAACAAUGUGUUAUUAUCAAAGUAGAUGCGAAAUGUUGA